CCGCUGAGAUACCUGGAGCCCGAGUUGGGGGUCAUGGAGGCGUCCAGAGGGUCUGUGGAAGCCGCGGCCUUAAGCCCGGAGCAGGCUGCCCGUUACCUGAGCCCUGGAAAAUGGAAGUGAUUAGAGGUUGAGUGGCUAAAUCAAACUGUAUUACAGAAAACAUUGUGGUCUUAUACGUGAAAGAGGCCAAAGAAGCAACUAAGAAUGGAGAUCUGGAAGAAGCAUUUAAACUUUUUAAUUUGGCAAAGGACAUUUUUCCCAAUGAAAAGGUGAUGAGCAGAAUCCAAAAAAUACAGGAAGCCUUGGAGGAGUUGGCAGAACACGGAGAUGAUGAAUUCACAGAUGUGUGCAACUCUGGCCUGCUGCUCUAUCAAGAGCUCCACAACCAACUAUUUGAGCACCAGAAGGAAGGUGUAGCUUUCCUCUAUAGCCUAUAUAGGGAUGGAAGAAAAGGUGGCAUCUUGGCAGACGAUAUGGGAUUAGGGAAGACUGUGCAGAUCAUCGCUUUCCUUUCUGGUAUGUUUGAUGCCACACUCGUGAAUCAUGUGCUGCUGAUCAUGCCAACCAAUCUCAUUAGCACAUGGAUAAAAGAAUUUGUUAAGUGGACUCCAGGAAUGAGAGUGAAAACCUUUCACGGUCCUAGUAAGAAUGAACGUACCAGAAACCUCAAUAGGAUUCAGCAAAGGAAUGGUGUCAUUAUCACUACAUACCAAAUGUUAAUCAAUAAUUGGCAACAGCUUUCAAGCUUGAAUGGCCAAGAGUUUGUGUGGGACUAUGUCAUCCUUGAUGAAGCACAUAAAAUAAAAAGCUCAUCUACUAAGUCAGCAAUAUGUGCUCGGGCUAUCCCUACCCGUAAUCGCAUCCUCCUCACAGGAACCCCAAUCCAGAAUAAUUUACAAGAACUAUGGUCCCUGUUUGAUUUUGCUUGUCAAGGGUCCCUGCUAGGAACAUUAAAAACUUUCAAAAUGGAGUAUGAAAAUCCUAUUACUAGAGCAAGAGAGAAGGAUGCUACCCAAGGGGAAAAAGCCUUGGGAUUUAAAAUAUCUGAAAACUUAAUGACAAUCAUAAAACCCUAUUUCCUCAGGAGGACAAAAGAGGAGGUACAAAAGAAAAAGUCAAGCAACCCAGAGGUUAGACUUCGCGAAAAGAAUCUAGAUGUUGAUGCCAUUUGUGAAAUGCCUUCCCUUUCCAGGAAAAAUGAUUUUAUUAUUUGGAUACGUCUUGUGCCUUUACAAGAAGAAAUAUACAGGAAAUUUGUGUCUCUAGAUCAUAUCAAGGAGUUGUUGAUGGAGACACGCUCACCUUUGGCUGAGCUAGGUGUCUUAAAGAAGCUGUGUGAUCAUCCUAGGCUGCUAUCUGCACGUGCUUGUCUUUUGUUGAAUUUAGGGUCUGUGAAAUUCUCUGUUCCAGGUGAAAAUGAAGGGGAAGAUUCCUCAGAUGUGGACCAGAUUGAUCAAAUAACUGAUGAUACACUGAUGGCAGAAUCUGGAAAAAUGCUAUUUCUAAUAGAGCUGCUUGAGAGAUUGCGAGAUGAAGGGCAUCAGACUCUGGUGUUUUCUCAGUCAAGACAAAUUCUAAACAUCAUCGAAUGCCUCUUAAAGAAUCGGCACUUUAAGAUUUUGCGAAUCGAUGGAACAAUUACUCAUCUUGUGGAACGAGAAAAAAGAAUUAACUUAUUCCAGCAAAAUAAAGAUUACUCUGUUUUUCUGCUUACCACUCAAAUAGGUGGUGUUGGCUUAACAUUAACUGCAGCAACUAGAGUGGUCAUUUUUGACCCUAGCUGGAAUCCUGCAACUGAUGCCCAAGCUGUGGAUAGAGUUUACCGAAUUGGACAAAAAGAAAAUGUUGUAGUUUAUAGGCUGAUCACUUGUGGGACUGUAGAGGAAAAAAUCUACAGAAGACAGGUUUUCAAGGACUCCUUAAUAAGACAAACUACUGGCGAUAAGAACCCUUUCCGUUAUUUUACUAAACAAGAAUUAAGAGAGCUCUUUACAAUUGAGGAUUUUCAGAACUCUGCAACCCAGCUGCAGCUUCAGUCUUUGCACGCUGCUCAGAGGAGAUCUGAUAAGAAACUAGAUGAACACAUUGCCUACCUGCACUCUUUGGGGAUAGCUGGAAUCUCAGACCAUGAUUUGAUGUACACACGUGAUCUGUCUGUUAAAGAAGAGCUUGAUGUGAUCGAAGAAUCUCACUAUAUUCAACAAAGGGUUCAGAAAGCUCAAUUCCUUGUUGAAUUAGAAUCUCAAAAUACAGAGCUUUUAGUGGAAAGACAAAGGACUGGAAAUGAAGGGAUCUGGCAGCGAGAACCUAUAUUUCCUUCUCAAACAAAGAAGAAAUUCCCUGAAUCAAGGAAACCGCAGCCUUGGCCUUCACCACUUUUAACCCAGGAAGAAGAAAUCAGUUCCCAAAUGGCAAGUAUAAUCAUUGAUGAUCUGCCUGAAGAGCAUGGGAAUCAAGAUCUCUCCAAUGUAAAGAUGAACAUUACCGUCUUACAAGAUGGUAGUCACCCAUGCGAAAGCACAUUUGAUGCUGACUCUGUGGCUACUUUGCCCAAGUGGUGUGGAAGUGUGGACGAAAUUUGUACUGACCCCAUGGGAAUGGCUAUACAGAAAGAGACAUUGCAAGAGGGGCCUACACAGGAGGCACCGCAAGAGGACCCUCUGGGAAAUUUUAAUUAUUCACUUAGCAAAUUGGUCAGAGCUGAUCUUGGGCCACAUCUAGAUCAACUGAAGGACAAUGAGAUUUUACUUCACUGCAGUCCCUGGCCCAUGAGUCUCAUGACCAGCACAAAUCAAAAUACAGAGUCAAGCACAUCUGUAAUUCAAAUAGCUGAUGAUGACAUGUCAGCAUCCCACGGUGCACUACAGGAUGCUCAAGGCAGUGAGGCCAAGUUGGAAGAGGAACCUUCAGCAUCCUCAUCACAGUAUGCAUGUGAUUUCAAUCUUUUCUUGGAAGACUCUGCUGCAGACAAUGGACAAGAUCUUUCCAGGCAGUCUUUGCAGCAUGUUGAGAAUGAAAAUAGCCUGUGCGGUGCUGCAGCUAAUUCUGAAGCAGAGGUCGAGCAUGGCAAAGCCCAUCUCAGUAUGGAUCUUUCUGAGACAAACGAUGAGCCAGAAGAAGUAAUAGUUAAUGUGAAAGUCAGAAGGAAAGCUAGAAGGAUCGUUUCAGAUGGUGAAGAUGAAGAUGAUACUUUUAAAGAUACUUCAAGCACAGAUCCAUUCAACACACCUCCCUUUCAGUUAUCUGUAAAACAGUUUGAUGCUUCCACUCCCAAAAGUGACAUCAGUCCGCCAGGAAUGUUCUUUUCACUGAAAAUGGCUGAUAGUAUAAAUAAGUCUGUAACCUCUAGAAGAUCCCUGGCUUCUAGGAGGUCUCUUGUUAAUGUGGUUUUAGACCACGUGGAGGAUAUGGAGGAAAGACUUGACAACAGCAGUGAAGCAGAGGUUGCUGAAGAUUACCUGGAGGAAGGAGCCGAGGAAAGCAGUGGUGAAGUCUCAGAGUGUACAGAAGACCCUCCUGGCAAAAUGCUGCCUUCAGAAAAUAAGUUAAUGACACCUGAGCCUCAUGCUUUGGCUCAAGAGACCUCUCCUGGCAACCCAGGACAGACCUCUUUGUCUGGCAGACAGUUGGUUGAUUCUCCCCAGGAUGAGGCAAUGGAGGCUGUGAAUGACUAUGAGACCCUUGUAAUUCGUGGAAAAGAACUGAAAGAGUGUGGGAAAAUACAGGAGGCCUUAAACUGCUUCGUUAAAGCACUUGACAUAAAAAGCGCCGAUCCUGAAGUCAUGCUCAUGACUUUAAGUUUGUAUAAGCAGCUUAAUAAACCUUAAGACUAUAACCUGUUUAUUGUUAAAAUGAGACACUGAGUAUGAAUUCGUUCCUGUAACUGGAUUCUUUGGGAGCAUGAAGCAUUUAGGCUUAAGGUGAGAGAUCUCAAAAAGCAAGGUUUUGGUUUUAACUAUUUUGUAAAUUCUGCAUUUACUCCCUAUUCCUUCCUGUCCCCCUCCCCUGUACAUAUAUUCUGAUAUUCUGAACACUAGGUUAAUAUUUCUUUACUUGAAUAGGCUUAUAUUUUUCUUUUAGGCAUGCUCUAUAAAUUUUUUUAGACAGCGAGUGAGGGCGUGAGUCCAUGAGAGGGCAGAGGGAGAGAAUCUUAAACAGGCUCCACGCUCAGUGUGGUGGCAUGCUCUGUUAACUUAAUAGAACUAUGUGAUUUCUAGAAAUGUUUUUGUGAAAUUAUUCUUGCCAGUCUUCAUUUCAUUCUGGAAAUGACCAUUUCUGUAUAUCGCACUUCAGGUAAGAAAAUAAAGUCACUUUUCUCAGUGUUUUCUUCUCCAUUUGCUUUCUUUCACUGAGAUGACACUGGCAAAUGCAUAUGGAAGCACAUUAGUUUAAGCAGGAGCUUAUUGGAAUUCUGAAUCUGUGACCUGCUUAUUAACAUGCUAUUUUGUGUCCUCAGCUCACUCCAGCAGAAGGCUGGGAUAAGGUACCUGGUGCCAGGCUUCUUUAUCACUGGCUCCUGACCCCGGAGUCACUUUGUCAACAACUUAGCCAUUCUUCACUCACCUCCCACUGCAUUCUGAUACAGGUCAGCAUAGCGGAUCUUUGGGUGGUAGACUGAAAAGGAGUUCAGUUGCUUCUCAGAAACAAAGUACAAUACAGAACUCUGCACUUGAGAAGUGGAACUAGCUUUUAUGAAGUACCUGCUCUGUAUUGGGUAUUCUGCAUAGGUUCCUUGUUUAAUCCUUACCAUAAUCCUUUGAGGUUGAGGGUGGCAUUUACUUUAUUUUAGUUGAGGAAACUAAGGCUCAAUGAGGCUGUGACCUGCCCAAGAUCACACAGUAGGGAGUGAAAUGGAGUUUUUUAAACCAUGUAUUACUUGGUGAAAAGUUACCAUAAUAAACUGUCUUUGCUUCACUGAAUAUACUGAGAUGUUUUUACUGACAACACUUCUGACCCCAAAUGUGCGGAGGUUUUCCAAACCAGUCCUCCAGUUUUUGGCAGAUAUCCAUGGAGUGUCCUACAAUUCAAGUCAGUUCUGACACUACCUGGAGUUCCAGUCAGACUCCACAGGUUCAAGUGCUCACUCCCAUAAAACUGCCCUCACUUCGGUUGACAAUUGCUAGUAUUGGGCCCCCAUGUUAUCCACACUUCUGUCCAAAUUGGCUACAAAUUGAGGAUUCCUAUGACUGCACCUUCAGGUUCAGUAAUU